UAAAAGGACCGUUCUCUACAGGGAGCAGCAAGCGCAACGGAAGGUUGUAGGAACAGAUUCAGAACUACAACUCCCAGCACGCUCCAGGUUGAAUUUCAAAGCCCUGCACUUCCCAGCCUGCCGCUGGACUUGGAUGGGGAUUUGAAUCUCGCUGCCGGGCAAGAAGGCUUUCGCUGCUGGCCCGGAGCGCCUGUUUUUUCUUCCGGCGUGGAACGCGGGAAGGUCUCCGCCCCUCUUUUUGGGUCGCUUGAAGUUUCUGGACUUGUUUCUUUUCCCGUGCAGAGCCGAGACUCUUUUAGCACCACUAAAUCCCUCGGGAGCGGCGGCGGGGAACUGAAGAGAUGAACAGAAGGGACCCCUUGCUAUGGUGUAGCUGCCAGCUCCUGCUGCAUCCAACAUUCUUCAUCCUGGUGUUGCUUGCUGUCUGUCAUGUGGAUUUAACCAACAGCCAGCACCACUGGAGGGAGCCUCGACAAGAAAAGAAUGUGCAGCCUGACUUUCUGUCCCAAGUGACUCAUGCUAUGAAGGAGACCUUGGAAGAUUUGCUUGGAUCAGAGUAUUUUCUGAUACUGAAUGAGAAUGUCUCUUCCCUGUUCUGGGUAUUAUCUUCUGGGAUCUCUGCAGGUUUAUUUGCUGUGGCUCGAAUUGCAGGGCAGUUGCUUACAUCCUUUGGGAUUGAUGGGGAUCGUGCAACUCAGUUCUUGAAACUGAGCCCUGACCAGGUGCAGACACUGCUUCUCUGGGGCCUAGCUGCUCUGAUUGGCUACUGGAUCCUGUCACUGCUGCUGAAUCUGUUGCUCACCAUCUUGAACCGCAUCAUGUGGGGCCUCAAGGUAGUCAUCUUCAUGGCUUGCUUCAUGUUCAUUGUCUCUUUGAAGGAUGAUAGGCCUGUUCAAGUUUCCCUUCUGCUUGCCCUGCUUAUGCUCUAUGCUCUGCUGGGCCGCCUGAGUGGGUCACGCCGCUCUGGGACGCGGCUGGAGGCCAAAGUGCGCAGCUUGGAGCGCCAAGUGGAUGAGCUGCAACGCAGGCAAAGGCGGUCAUCUCCUAAACAUCUGGAUGAAGAAUGAAGCUUAUGGGAGGUUUUGAUGUUCACAUAUGUUUUUUAAGAGACAUCCACUUCUUUCUUUUCUACAUGUAUUCAGUGACUGCUACCUACACUGUAGAUGUUCUCGACUAGCCAUCACACAACUAUGCAGAAACAUGUGACUCCCAAAGGAAAUUUCUGAACAGGGAAAUGAAUACAUCUGAGAUGAUAAUAGCUUUCUGCUUGUCACUCCAGUGGCUGGUUCUUCAGCACUUUCUCCAUCCUUGUCUUCUCUACCUUGUUCAGUCGUACCUUCUUCUAGACUGAUCACCAUACCACUUACUGGCUUAUUUUCCAACUGAUUCCUGGUAGAUUAACUUGCUUCUUUAAGGAUGGACAGUGUAAAGCACUCUUUAAAAAUUGUGUUUUAAGUAAUCUUUUUCUGUAACCUUGCUUGUCUGAAGAAAAAAAUGGGGUAUUGUGCAGUAUAUCCUAAGGUUCUAGAUGUGUCCCAGUUGGUGUAUCUAAUAGUAAAGCCUCCUGUGACAAGUGCAUUCUAAAGUAAAAUGUGGCUGCUCUGCUUAUCUCAGCAUCAGAGGAAAUUGGGAUAUUAUGAAAGAAGUUUGUGUGUGCGUGCGUGCUUUCUAAGUUCUCAGUUUAUUACAAGCCAAAGAUAUUUGAUUAAUUCAAGGCCUUAUGGACUCUAGUUCUGCAAAAGGGUAUUUGAUGAUCCAUAAGUAGCGUUCAUGUGCCUUUCCUGGUUGGAAAUAAGCCAUAGACCAGAGACAAACUGAAUUUACAGAGCUUCAUCCCUCCAGACAGAGUUUGUUGCGCACCACUAGCUAUCUUAUCUUCUGAUAACUCUUGUGUCUUUUCUGACUGUUUUGAGAAAAAGGCAUAAUGUACUCUGGUGUUAAACGUAUCAGUUGCCACUUUGUAUUUUUUUAAAACUGGCAAUUUUACACAAAUGGCAUAUUUUGUUACACUUUUCCAAAUAAAAACUAUUUCUCUCCCGUUU